UCGGUCAGCUCUCUCACUCUCCGAUCCACGACGUUUCCGUUGCAGUGUUCUCAGCUGACGUGUGUUAAAAUGAGUGGGUGAUACCGCCCGUCUGUCGUCCAGCAUGUGUUUAUAAACAUUGUUCGAUUAUCCACCCGCCGAAAGCUGUUGCUACCGGUAGCAGGUUGCAGAUCGCACCGAACCAAAGUCCCUAUUUGACGCCAGUGCCACCAAGGUAUCUGCAAGCAUGGACGACGGAUUCGAUCCGUGCGAGUGCAUCUUCAGCCACGAGGCUGCCAUGCAGCGACUCAUCUCGUUGCUGCGAAGCUCCCAGUCCGCCUGCACGGACUCUGAAUGUUUCCAAGAGAUGCCAGCGAUGCAGCAGGCUGCCGGUGGCUCUGGCUUCUUUCUGGUCAUGGUAGGGUGGAUGGUGCUGGCCAUGGUGCUCUACUACUUGCGCCCAAACUCACUGCGAAACCGUGAUAACGGCAAGCCCGACAGACAGGGUCCAAGCAACGACCCCCCCAGUGGCUCAGUCUUCUGAGGGAAGAGCCCAGCCCAGCCCCUAACAGAAAAUGACCAAGCCGAAGAGCUUUAGUUGGCGGCACGGGGGAGAGGAACACUGUUGUAUUAACUGUUCUGGGCUUCUUUUUCUGGGGGAACCACCACCGCCGAUCACCACGCCUGUCUAGUAUGUGUACAUAAUGUGUACAUAAUACGCAUGCACUAUGGGACACAAGAGUGAAAAAAAAUGUACGCAGGAAAGCUGUGUUGUUACCAAAAGGAAAGCUGUGGACCAUGGUACGCACACAAUUAGACACUGCAUGUGCAAGACUGUUGUUGCAAGGCCACGCGUGUAUAUAUAUACUGCACGUCUCUCGCACAGCAGGUGUUGUUUUUGUAGGAUUUAACUUGGGAUUGUUUUAAUGGGUUAUUUUUUCAUUAUUUUAGCUGGGAAAGGUGUGCGGGCAUUUUUUUUUUUUUCACCCUUUUCUUUCUUAAAUUUGGGAGUUGUUCACUUGUUGUUUUGUUGCACUAGUUUAUUUUUUGUAGUGACCGGCUAUACAGUGGUAUGUGCUCUUUCGCCCUGUGCCCAAGAUAUAUGUGUGAAGACAAAGGCUUGUUUUUGAUCAUUUGCAAAAUAAAAAUUGUGGCUGGAUGA